AUGCGACUAUUAUUUUUGUUUCUAGCAGUGGUGGUAACAGACACCAUUGCGAACGAAUUAACGAGAUGUUGUGCCGGCGGAACUCGUCAUUUCAAGAACUCAAACACAUGUUCAAGUAUCAAAAGUGAAGGAACAAGUAUGACUUGCCAGAGAGCUGCUUCGAUUUGUUGUCUCAGAAGUUUAUUGGAUAAUGCAUGUGAUUCCGGAACAGAUAUUGCAAAGGAGGAAGAAAGUUGUCCCAGUAAUAUCAAUAUUCUGGGAGGAGGAUUGAAAAAAGAAUGUUGUGACUGCUGUCUUCUUGCAAAAGAUCUUCUGAGUCGAAACGAGGCAUGCAUCGCCCCAGCAGGAUUCUCUGCCGGAUGUUUGAGAAGUUUCAACAAGUGCUGUAAUGGAGAUUUCGAGAUUACUCAUGCUUCUGAAAUUAUUACUGGCCGCCCUCUCAACGAUCCACACGUAUUGCAUCUAGGAGACCGUUGCUCCACAGCGAAAUGUGAGCAUUUGUGUCAUGACAGAGGAGGCGAAAAAGUUGAAUGCAGUUGUAGAGCUGGAUACGAUUUGGCACCGGAUGGAAUGGCUUGCAUUGACCGUAAUGAAUGUACAACCCGUCCAUCCCCAUGUUCCUCAACCGAAGAUUGUGUGAAUACAAUCGGUGCCUACAUCUGUCAACGGAGAAUCACUCGUCUGGUUCCACAUCGCCACCGAGCGAAUCGAGUCGGAAAUGCGCCACGAAGAAUGCGAGAUGACCCAUAUUCUCGUGCUGGAGAAUAUAGAGAAGCAUCGCAAGCGAACACUGAAUUCGGAUGUCCAAUGGGAUGGCUUUAUCAACAUGGACAUUGUGUUGUCCCAAAAGCUUUAGUCUUCAUUCAAUCAUUUGUCUCCCUCUCCCUCCAGAAUGCUCCCUCCACCACCCCUGCUUUCACCCUCACCAACACUGUCUCCCUUCCCCUGACAACAAUCGUGGAGAUGGAACAUGCGUCUGUAAUCGAGGAUACUAUUGGAGUGAUUCUAAUUCACAACAUCGAUGAGUGUGCCACAUUGAUGGACGACUGUCUAGAAUCCCAACGAUGUCUGAACACUCCGGGAAGCUUCAAAUGCAUCCGAACACUCUCUUGUGGAACUGGAUAUGCUAUGGACUCUUCGACUGAACAGUGCCGUGAUGUUGACGAAUGUAAUCUGGGAUCUCACGACUGUGGAGCAUUGUAUCAAUGUCGAAAUACUCAAGGAAGCUACAGAUGUGACCCAAAGAAAUGUGGAGACGGUGAACUUCAGAAUCCGAUGACCGGGGAAUGCACUUCGAUUACAUGUCCUAACGGAUACUAUCCAAAGAAUGGAAUGUGUAAUGAUAUCGAUGAAUGCGUGACCGGACACAACUGCGGAGCGGGAGAGGAAUGUGUGAAUACACCUGGAUCAUUCAGAUGCCAACAGAAAGGAAAUCUCUGUGCACAUGGAUAUGAAGUCAAUGAUGCUACUGGAUUCUGUGAGGACGUAAACGAAUGUCAACAAGGAGUUUGUGGUUCAAUGGAAUGCAUCAAUCUCCCUGGAACUUACAAGUGUAAAUGUGGAUCUGGAUAUGAGUUCAAUGAUGCUAAAAAACGAUGUGAGGAUAUUGACGAAUGCAUCAAGUUUGCAGGGCAUGUUUGUGAUCUGUCUGCAGAAUGUAUCAAUACGAUUGGAUCGUUCGAAUGCAAAUGCAAACCUGGUUUCCAAUUGGCUGCAGAUGGUCGUCGUUGCGAAGACGUCAAUGAAUGCACCACGGGAAUCGCCACAUGUGAACAGAAAUGUGUCAAUAUUCCAGGGAGUUACCAAUGUAUUUGUGAUCGUGGAUUCGCUCUUGGGCCUGAUGGAACCAAGUGUGAAGAUAUUGAUGAGUGCUCCAUUUGGGCUGGAUCUGGAAAUGAUUUGUGUAUGGGAGGAUGUAUUAACACAAAGGGAUCUUAUUUGUGUCAAUGUCCACCUGGAUAUAAGAUUCAGCCAGAUGGAAGAACUUGUGUUGAUGUGGAUGAAUGUGCAAUGGGAGAAUGUUCUGGUUCCGACAAAGUAUGUGUCAACACUCUCGGAUCAUUCAAGUGUCAUUCGAUCGAUUGCCCAACCAACUAUAUUCAUGACUCACUCAACAAAAAUCGUUGUAACCGUGUUCCAUCAGCAUGUGGUUUGCCUGAAGAGUGUUCAAAAGUUCCCUUGUUCCUAACAUAUCAGUUUAUUUCUUUGGCUCGUGCCGUCCCGAUAUCCUCUCAUCGUCCAGCUAUCACAUUAUUCAAAGUGUCGGCUCCGAAUCAUCCGGAUACUGAAGUGGCUUUUGAGUUACAGUUGAAGACGACGAUUGUUGACGCACCCGGUGUCCUUCCAGCAAUCCGUGCCAACUUUUUACUCCAAAAAGGAGAAAAACGUAACAGUGCCGUCGUGACACUUCGUGAUAGUCUCGAUGGACCACAGACUGUAAAACUCCAGUUACUGCUCCGAAUGAGUAAAAAAGGAAAGAGUUUCAACACCCACAUUGCCGAUGGUUACUCGUGCAUCAAAGUGUGCUCCACAGAUGAUACCGAAUGCCUCGGCAAUCAUACUCGUGAAGUUCUCUAUCAAUUCCGUGCAGUUCCUUCAUUGAAAACAAUCACCACUCCGAUUGAAGUCUCGAAAAUUGUCACUCAUAUGGGAGUACCAUUUUCAGUGGAUUAUAGUUUGGAUUAUGUCGGAAAGAGACAUUUCCAAAUUGUACAGGACAAGAAUAUUGGAAUUGUCCAAUUGGUGAGACCAAUUCGUGGCCCAACUGUCGAAACAAUAAAAGUAAAUAUUCACACGAAAUCAAGGACCGGCGUAAUUCUCGCAUUCAACGAAGCGAUCAUUGAAAUAUCCGUCUCAAAAUACUCUUUUUAG